CUGAUAAAGUUUUUCCAUAAAAUAUCCAUUCCGGGAUCUGUUUCGAUAAAGGAGGCAAUUUACGAGUUUCGACGAUAGUAACGACAAGCACGAACUUUACGACUUGGGCAGUUACGCAUCGCUACGCAUCUACGAAUUUGAUAUUCUCUUGUCCGAAGAGAAUUAUAUUUUGAAUUAUCUUUUUUCCUUCACCUUGUUCAAAGCCGACAGUCUUUGGAGAUACCGCUGUACCUGCAGCCAGUUUCGCCAAUUACUACACCUCGUAUAAACCUUCGUUACCUGGUACGCCAUUCCUUUCAGACAGUGAACGCGUGACCGGCUACAAACGAAUGGCCAGGAACACUCGAUUUGUUUUUUGGUCGGCCUGAUGCCUGAACCCGGGACGGCGCACUGCAACCCGUGAAGCUGACCACGUCUCGUAUAGGGAAUUGCUGCGCCACCUUUUUUUUUGGCGCUUGAUAUACAAAACCGCUCCGGACCAUGUCUCUCAACACAUAUAGAAGACACAAUUUUGACGACAAGUCUGGAUCUGAAGAUUUUUCUCAUUUUGGAAACCGUGGAGAGGAACAAAUCGACUACGCAACUCACGGCAAUCGAGAUCGACAGGGUCCUGAGAGAGGAUACAACGACUCUCCUCUUCCCAUAUUAACCAAUCCCCCACGAGAUCGUUCAUCCAGUCCGCCCUUGCCGCCAACCCAUCAGACAUAUCCAACGGUUCCUCUAUCAAAUCCCUAUAAUCUCUCAGCAAGAGCGAGCAACCAUAGUGCAAGCCUCGGGUUACCACCCGGCCUGGCGCGGAACACGAAUUAUACCAGUCAAUUUCAAUCCGACAUACCACCCCCGCCACCACCACAUCGGUCAGGCCGGCCUGUAUCAAACAUUGCUUCUGAUGUUACGGACCUUCCCAAACUAGCGAGAGGAUUGUCGUAUUCUAACUCGACCAGAUCUAAGUGGACCAUUACCCCAGGCAUGGACAACUUGGGAGAAGGCGCUCCAGGUGGAGGAAUCAAUGGGGUCGCAAUAGGAGUCGCAAACUCACACCAACGCGAAAGCGGAUUGCAAGCGUUACGAGCCAUGGAAAGUGAUUCUUCGUUGGGCCGACAUGGACCUGCUGAGAGGUACGAUCAUGGAGGGUUUGCGGACGAGGAUCAUUUCACGUCAGCCUUACCGCCAGACCGACCAGACUAUAAUAUGCAGCGCAUGUCCUACUCAUCAGCAGACCCUCUCCAGGCGAAUAUGCCUCCACCAGCCCUUUCGACGCCCCCACGGAAGCCAGUAGGCUCAGGGAUCUCGCCUGGAAUGUACGUUGACGAUCUUUAUGGGCAGAGUCCGGAAGUAUGGGAUCCAAGGUCACGCAGAUCCGACCCAUCAGCGCUGGAUCCAAACGACAUUGCUGAUGAUGGGGAUGAUGGUUUCAUGACACCACAGCCCGCUAAACGAUCUAUGCUGGGACAGGAUCGACGGUUUUCCAAAGGGCCAAGCCAAACUACCACAGCAGCUGCCGGUGCUGGCGCCGGCGCCGGCGUAAUAGGCACAGUAUCAGGUCUACUUGGGCAAAACGGAACACGAUCCCAAAGCCAGCAGUAUGGCAUUGUUCCCGGGAAUGCGGAAGAAAUGCGUCGCGAUCCUGAAAAAAGCGAGUGGCUAAAUCAAGAGACGUCUGGUAAUAAGCGAUUAAAAUGGAUCGUUGGUAUUCUUCUUGCCCUCAUCAUCAUCGGAGCGAUCGUAGGCGGUGUCGUUGGCGGGAUUCUUGGGAGAAAGCACAACUCAUCCUCAUCAUCAUCUUCCUCCUCUGGCGACAAAGACACGAGCGAAGAUCUCUCGCUAACCUCGAGCGAGAUCCAAAAACUGCUCAACAACCAAAACCUCCACAAAGUGUUUCCCGGAAUGGACUACACCCCGCUCAACGCACAAUACCCUGGCUGUCUCACCAACCGGCCGAGCCAGAACAACGUCACCCGCGACGUGGCCGUGCUCUCUCAACUCACCAACGCCAUCCGUUUGUAUGGCACAGACUGCAACCAAACGGAAAUGGUCUUGCACGCAUUCGACCGGCUCAACCUCAACAAGACCAUGAAAAUCUGGCUGGGCGUAUGGCAAGACAACAACGCCACUACCAACGAGCGGCAACUUUCUCAAAUGUACGACGUUCUCGACAAGUACGGCUCCGACCCUUUUGCGGGCCUCAUUGUCGGCAACGAAGUCCUCUUCCGGAAAGACAUGACAGCCACUCAGCUCGGCAGUGUGCUCGACGAUGUGCGCUCGAAUCUCACUUCAAAACACAUAUCGGACCUCCCACUCGCCACGUCCGAUUUGGGCGAUAACUGGACCUCGGACCUCGUGCCCAAAGUCGACAUCGUCAUGGCCAAUGUCCAUCCCUUUUUCGCCGGCGUCACUGCCGCAGCGGCCGCAGGUUGGACGUGGGAGUUCUGGACCGGCCACGAUGUCGCUCUCACCCAGGGCUUGACGGGCAAAAAGAAUGUCAUUAGCGAAGUCGGAUGGCCCAGUGCCGGCGGCAAUGACUGCGGCGAGAGUACAUGCCAGACCAGCACGGAUGGAAGCGUCGCCGGGAUUGAUGAGUUGAAUACGUUCAUGGACAGCUGGGUCUGUCAAAGCUUGACUAAUGGGACGGAAUACUUUUGGUUCGAAGCCUUUGACGAGCCGUGGAAGGCAAUAUACAACACCAAGACCGAAAAAUGGGAAGACAAAUGGGGCCUCAUGGACGCCAAUCGCAAUUUGAAAUCUGGCGUCACCAUUCCAGAUUGUAACGGCAAGACUGUAGAUUAAGUAGACUAUAUCUUUUCCUCUAUAUUUUCUCUUUUCCCCCCUUUUCCUUUUUUCCUUUUUUUCCUUGGUUGUUUUCCCUUUGAGAUGGGGCGGAUAGGUCUUUUCUUUUAUUUAUUUAUUUAUCUUUGUAUUGGCUUUUUUUUUUUUUUUUUUUUAUAUCCCUUGUG